ACGUAUCAUCACCGAGGAACCUUCUGAACCGGGCCGAUUCUGGUUUUGCUUGUUUCUCGAAAACAACAGAACCGGACCGGUCUGAAACAUAAACCGGUUGACUCUUCUUCUCCCCCCGCUCUGAGUCUCCAUAGUUUACAAACUUACAGUCACCGUCGUUUCUUAGAACCUUCACCUUUUCUCACCAUUCACUCACUAUCAUCUACGACCAAAAGUCAUCUCCUCUCCUCUCUUUCUUAGUCAAUAGAAUAGCCCUAUCUCUCCUGCAAACGCGUUUUGGAAAAUAUGCCUUAUAUCAUCUCUCUCUCUAUAUAUGUAUGUAUGUAUGUAUACAUAUGCAGCAAAAAGCUCAACCAUGGCUGAUUCCAACAAGGACCAAGCCAAACCACUAGCCCCUCUUUCUCACGCACCUCGUAGUGACCAACCCGAAGAAGAUGACUACGGCAACGGUCGGCCAAAACAUGUGUCUGGUCGGACGACAAGAUGCAUCCUUUGUUUUGGUUUUGUCGCCUCCUUUGUUCUGCUUCUCACCGUCACUUUCAUCGUCCUCGCCCUCACUCUCUUCCACAUCCGAAACCCCAAUCUCACCGUCCAUUCCGCAUCCUUCAGCCACCGGCUCGAGAUAGACAACGGAACCAUCAGGGCGGACUCGAACUUGACCGUCACAGUGAAAAUCUCCGUUCACAACCCCAACGCGGCGUCCUUUAGCGUUACAAACGGCUCUACGAUGGUUUGGUUCGUCCAUGAAGUCAUAGGGGAAGGAGGAGGAGAUUUUCCGGUGAAGAUUCCGGCAAAAAAGACUGUUCAGAUGAAUCUGACGGCUGAGAUUGUUACGUCGAGGUUAGCAUCGGUUCCGGGUUUGAAUGGAAGAGGAAUGAAUGUGAGCAGCGCCAUUAGAGUAGAUGGUAAGGUGAAGAUCAUGAAGAUUUUCAAGAAAUCUUUUCAUCUGAGAAGGGACUGUACUAUGAUGUAUAACACCUCCGAGCUUACAUUUCAUGAUGUCAGAUGCCAAAAACACGUAGAAAUUUAAGGAACUUUGUUAUUAUUCCUUA